AUGCAUGAUGAACCACACGCGCAUAUGUCAGUAUUCGAAAAGCUGCUGCCAUCACAUCCCGGAAGCCUCUGCUACACACUAUUCUUACAUCGUAACGAACUGAAGAAUGGCGGUGCUCGCGAUUUCGAAAGCACUGUGCGUUUAACCAAAUCAAAAUAUUACGUCACAGAAAAGUUGAUUGCGCAUAUGAAACCAAAAAUGUAUCGACUAAAGGCUGAUGAGUAUCCAGUAAUUAAGCAGCAGCAGUCGUACUGCCAACGAUUGAAACUGAAAAUGACCAUUUUAAAUGAGCGACAGGAGAGGAAACAUAAACGUGCCAUACUGGCAACAAAAUCGUGGGAGAUGUACUUAGACGAUGAUUUGGCGAAGAAGAAGUACCGCGAAAUAAGGUACUACGACGAGGUGGAGGACGUGGAGGAUGGAAACGACGAGGAAAACGACUGCGACAACUCCAACUCAGACCACGACUCCAACUCAAAAGACGACUCAGAUUCACACGACGUCGCCGACUCAAACGACGACACCGACUCACAAGACGACACCGACUCACACGGCGACUGCGACUCAUACGACGACACCGACACACAAGACGUUACCGACUCACACCACGACUCCGACGACGAAUCCGACGACGACUCCGACGAUGACUCGGACGACGACUCCGACGACGACUCCGACGACGGCUCCGACGACAAGGAGAAAGAGUUGGGCGUACAAAUUCAACAUAGCGAUGCGAAUGCAAUACUCAAACAUUUGUCACAGAAUAGAUCAGAAGUACCUCGGCGUGACCAAUUUCGUGUGAUGAGGGGGCUAGAUUUGUGGAGGGAGGAGAACAGGGAUGACGAGGCUAUGAACAAGGUUAAAGAUUAUUUGCAGAAUAGCGCAAGAUGGCAUGAAGAAGCAAUGGAAUCUGUGCGGCGAAUGGAAUUCUAUCGCGAACAAGAAAGAAAGGCAAUGGCAGAACUUCAUAAUUCUGAAUAUGAAACGUUCACAAACACAACUGCAUAUUCUGAAUAUGAACCGUCAACAACCGAGGAGCGUCAGGAAGCCAAAAAGCGUCAACAAGCCGAGGAGCAUCAACAAGCCAAGGAGCGUCAACAAGCCGGGGAGCGUCAACCAGCCAAGAAGCGUCAACAAGCCAAGGAGCGUCAACAAGCCGGGGAGCGUCAACAAGCCGAGGUGCGUCAACAAGCCAAGGAGCAUCAACAAGCCGGGGAGCGUCAACAAGCCAAGAAGCGUCAACAAGCCAAGGAGCAUCAACAAGCCGAACUGUGUUAG